AUGAAUGGGCAUGCUCUUUUCUACACGGGGGUCACUUUGGCCUUCUGGAGUACCCUUAUUAUUGUCGGUACAUGUUAUACAAUAUUUGAUCUUGGAUUUCGAUUUGAUGUAGCUUGGUUCUUAACAGAAACAACACCAUACAUGUGGGCAAAUCUGGGUAUCAGCCUGGCUAUUUCUUUAUCUGUUGUUGGUGCUGCUUGGGGCAUUUAUAUCACUGGGUCCAGCAUUAUAGGUGGUGGAGUGAAAGCUCCCAGGAUUAAAACAAAAAAUCUUGUCAGCAUCAUUUUCUGUGAAGCUGUUGCCAUCUAUGGAAUUAUUAUGGCAAUUGUCAUCAGUAACAUGGCUGAGAGCUUUUCUGGAAGUACACCUGAUACAAUUGGGGCAAAGAAUUACCAAGCAGGGUAUUCUAUGUUUGGUGCUGGCUUAACAGUGGGCUUCUCCAACCUUUUCUGUGGGGUUUGUGUGGGUAUUGUUGGAAGUGGAGCUGCACUUGCUGAUGCUCAAAAUGCCAGCCUUUUUGUAAAAAUUCUCAUUGUGGAAAUCUUUGGAAGUGCCAUUGGCUUAUUCGGUGUCAUUGUUGCAAUUUUACAGACAUCUAAAGUGAAGAUGGGAGACUAGAAGACUUUGGGGAAA